UGUGGGUGGGCGCAUGGUCAGGAAGUUCAUCUCUCAGAACGUGUGUGUUCGUGUGCAGAACUGUCACACACACUAAACGCAUCGACAUGUUCUUAAGACGGAUUAGAAACAGUCUUUUAUUUUUGACUUUCAUUCAUCUCCUGUCUACAGGUGCAGAGAAUGUUUUCAGAGCAUCUGAAGGAGAAACUGUAAAUCUGCCCUGCCACUUAGCCCAAAAUGACAGUGUAAAAGUUUCUGUAGUGUGGACAAAACAUAGUGCAAAUAGCACAACUAUUUGUAAAUUAAUUUUUAAUAAAACAGCUAGAUCUCUCACUGGAGACUGCAUUUCUCAUUUUAAUUUCAGCAGUGAGUCUUUUACUUUAUUUCUAAGUAUAGAAAAUGUUCAGCCCAGUGACUCUGGUAAUUACAGCUGUAAAACAACAAGAUUAAUUCCACCACCAACACUGGAUGACACCACAUAUGUGACACUCAAAGUUAACGCUCGUCCACAUCUGUCCCUGCAGCUGAACAGCAGUAAUGACACUUGCAUCCAUCUGCUCUGUUCUAUGGAGGGUCUGACGACUGAGCAAGUGAACUUCACCUGGAGCCGACAGGGUCAAAGUUUACUUCAUCAAUUCACUUCUAACAGCACAAGCAGUGAGCUGCAUCUUUGUAAACCUGACUGGAGUGAAGGAGACACAAUCACCUGUUACGCCAACUACUCAGGCACCCAAACUGAAAAAAGUAUACUGCUGUCCUCACAGAAUGCUUCUGAAAAAGGCGUUGAGCUGAUCCCGCUGCUGAUCAUCUCAAGCAGUGCUGCUGCAGGCCUCAUCCUCUGUAUCAUCCUCCCAGUCGUUAUUUGCAAAUGCAGAAAGCAAGAGGAACAUGGAUCUAUAGUAUUCAGCAAUAAAGUUUAUGAGAACUUUAGUUUUGCCAUGGCCCGACAGAACACGCAGCCCAUCGACAAACCACAGCCUGAAGAAUGUAUUUAUGAGAACUAACUGCUGCUGCUUCUGUAACCUUUGCUUUAAAGCCAGAUUGGGCUUACGAAGUCUGUACGAUGUAGGCAAAAGUGAAUUAAGUGGUUUUGAUAGUGCACUGUGAAUGUGAAGCUCACUGUAUUGUUUACAGUGCCUUCACUGACUUGCAAAACUGUAAGCAGGCACUUUAAACAAUCAGUAUUUUUUCAAGUAACUGUUUUCAUUGUGUUUAAGCACUGCAGGUGCUCUAAACUAUUAUGUCUGCUAAAUUAUAUUAAAUUAUGAUUAUGAGCAAGGAUCUCUUAUCCAUUUUCUUAGAUUCAAUGCAAAGGCAUUAUUAAAAUCUCUCUUUGCACUUUUUGUUGUAUGACUAUUGUUUUUGGUACAGUAUUUAGACUAACUAUAUUGUAAUAUUUCAUUAUUUGUAAAU